AUGGCACCAAAGAAGGCGAAGAAGCGUUCUGCCGAAGGAGCAAACUCCAACGUGUUCUCUAUGUUUGAGCAGGCGCAGAUCCAGGAGUUUAAGGAGGCCUUCACCAUCAUGGAUCAGAACCGCGAUGGUUUCAUCGACAAGAACGACCUCCGAGACACGUUCGCCGCUCUGGGCCGUCUGAACGUGAAGCAGGAGGAGAUCGAUGAGAUGCUGAAGGAGGCUCCAGGUCCCGUCAACUUCACAGUGUUCCUCACCAUGUUCGGGGAGAAACUUAAAGGAGCGGAUCCAGAAGAAACCAUCUUGAACGCGUUUAAAGUCUUCGACCCAGAAGGAAAAGGAGUUCUACGGAAAGAUUACGUAACGCAGAUGUUGACAACUCAAGCAGAUCGAUUCUCCUCCGAAGAGAUGGAGCAAAUGUUCUCCGCGUUUCCUCCAGAUGUGGCCGGAAACCUGGACUACAAAAACCUGGUCCACAUCAUCACCCACGGAGAGGAGAAGGACCAGGAGUGA